UGUUAGUGAGGGCGGAAGAGGCGCUUGUACCGCAGAGCGCAGUCUCGCCGAGCUGUCACCGGAGCUCAGUGACUUGGUCAGCACGGUGCUUAUUUUAGUAGCGGGGAUCGUCUCACUAGGCCUCUUAUUACCGUUUUCUGCUGCACAGCGCAGCUAGUCUAGGGUGUGAUCGCCCGUGUCUAAGCUUUAGGCAACACAGCGGCUGCGGCCUACUAUCCCCAGUGAUCGGGAUGGACACAUCUGGGAAAGAAAAAGAAGCCUUGCAGUUGCUGGCCGAGGCUGACAAGAAGGUCAAGUCAUCCCAGUCAUUCUUCUCUGGAUUGUUUGGGCGAUCCUCCAAGGUGGAAGAAGCAUGUGAGUUGUACACCCGGGCUGCCAACAUGUUCAAGGAUGGUGAAGAAUUGGUACGGCUGGCAAUGCCUUUUUGCCAAGCAGCCCAGCUCCACCUGCAGGUUCAGAGCAAGCAUGACGCAGCCACCAAUUUUGUGGAAGCCGGCUCGGGCGUUCAAGAAUCUGACCCCCAGGAGGCAAUAAAUUCUCUGCGAGCAAUUGAAAUCUACACAGAUAUGGGCCGCUUCACCAUUGCUGCCAAGCAUCACAUCUCUAUAGCCGAGAUCUACGAGUCUGAAUUGGUGGGAAUUGAGAAGGCUAUAGCACACUAUGAGCAAGCAGCAGAUUACUACAAAGGAGAAGAGUCCAACAGCUCUGCUAACAAGUGUUUGUUGAAAGUUGCGAUCUAUACCGCGCAGCUGGAGCAGUACCCAAAAGCUGUGGAGAUAUAUGAACAGGUCGGUACUAAUGCCAUGGACAGCCCACUGCUGAAAUACAGCGCCAAAGAUUACUUCUUCAAAGCUGCUCUGUGCCAUUUCUGCAUUGAUAUGCUUAAUGCCAAGCUGGCGGUCCAGAAAUACGAAGACAUGUUCCCGGCUUUUUCUGACUCCAGAGAAUGCAAAUUAUUGAAGAAGCUGCUUGAAGCUCACGAGGAGCAAAAUUUGGACAGUUACACAGAUGCUGUGAAAGAGUUUGACUCUAUUUCCCGCCUGGACCAAUGGCUCACUACAAUGCUUCUCCGUAUUAAGAAAACCAUUCAGGGCGAGGAGGAGGAUUUGCGUUAACCUUCCCUGCUGCUGGAGCCCUCCUUUGAAAAUGUUACAGAGAGGCAUCCUACUGCUGAAACCCAAUUUACAACAUUAGAACCAAGAUGAUGUCAUCAAUAGAUCCUACAUCCUAUUGUGUUGGCAUAAUGUCCAAGACCCUUUAUUACAGAAUCUUUCAAUGUCACAACAAUUUGGAUUAAAAUAUUGAAUUUCCUGUCACUUCCUUCCCCCCGCCCCCCCACAAAAUUACACUAUGGCUUUAUUGCAUGUAUUUAGCAUUUAACAGGCGCAGCCUAACUGUGAUUUAGCGCAGUGGUUUACAAUUGCCUUUGUCUUAAAUAUGGAUACCUAUUGUGGGGGUUGAAGGAUUUUACAUAGAAGGGGUUGCACGGAAUUUAAGAAAAUAAAGGGAUCUUUAUCUUGUAAACACAUUUAAAUAAAUUACAGAGCCAACUUUUUACACUUGUUUACCCCCACUGUAAGACCAAAUAUUUCUUUUUUUUUUUAUAUAUUGAGCUUGAAUAGAUCGGCUUUACAAGGGUGGAUCUCUGUAAGCCUGUACUAUUUAGGAACCAUGUAUCCUAUAAAAAGAAUCUGAAUAUAUUUUAUGUUAACCCUUACGGGGAAUCAGGGUUUUGGAGAAAAAAAAAAUCCAUUGUUAUUUAUUUAUGAUGCUAGAUUAGAGUGCAUAGUAUUUACGCUUUGUUUCUAGAGAAAUGUAACACUAACUAGCAAUCAUGUGGGAGAAAAUAAAAUGAAGUAUAAUCAGUUGUAUUGGGAGAGAAAGAAAGAUAUUUUUUUUCUAUUAAGACUAACAUUUUGAGAAAAUGCUGUGUGAUCUAUGCUCUUUUCACCAGCUCGCUGUCAAUAAGGACAAUUAUUAUCAUUAAAACGUAUUGCUUGUGUAGUCUUGAUCUUUAGGCUGUACUCCUUCUGUGGCUAUUAUUUUUUUUUUUAUUGCUUGCCAAGGGGGUGCGUUUUAAUCUUUGGCAAUCUCUACUCUGACAUGUUAAAUAAAAAAGUUCUAUUGUAUUGUGUAUCAUCUCAUAAACGCCACCGCAUCAAAUAAAGCGGAUGGGAUCAUU